CCAGGUCGCCUGCGCUUGCACCUCUCCUAUGCUAUCCUGAUCAUCGCAGCCAGCUCAAACGGAUACGAUGGUGCGCUCAUCUCCUCGCUCCAAGCCCUACCAGCAUUCAAUGACAACUUGGGCCAGGGCAUCUCCUCUGCCUACAAGGGACUCAUCAUAGCGGGCAUAGCGCUCGGAGGGGUAGCCUUCUUCUUCCCCGCCGCCUAUCUAGCCGAUAGGGCGGGUCGACGAUUCACCACCGUACUGGGAGGAACGGUAAUGCUGGUAGCAAGUGUAGUCCAAGCCUUUACGCACGGCGCUGCCGCCUUCCUCAUCACACGCAUCUUCCUAGGCGCUGGUCUGGCAUUCACACAAACGAGCGCCGCCCCCCUGUUAAAUGAGAUUGCCAGCCCACAACAUCGCGCCGUGGUUGGGGCGUUCUACAAUGCGCUCUACUUCAUCGGAUCGAUCACAGCCGCUUGGGUUACAUUUGGGACUCUGGCGAGCUUGAGAUUCAACAAUUGGGCCUGGAGAGCGCCAUGUCUUGUGCAGGCAAUUUUUCCCCUGUUGCUGGUAGCAGGUGUGCUGGCGGUCGUGCCUGAGUCGCCGCGCUUCUUGGUCAGCAAGGGAAGGAUCGAAGAGGCGAGAAGGGUGCUCGUGCAUUUACACGCAGAGCGACACGACGGCUCAGGGAUAGGCACUAGUGCAGCGUACGCCGAGGAGGAGCUAGAGGCAAUCACCGCCUCCCUGGCUCGGGAUCGCUCCAACUUCUCCUACUUCGACUUUCUACGCUCACCGGCCGACCGUUGGAGACUGUGGAUCAUCGUCUUCGUUGCCCUCAUCGUGCAAUGGGCUGGCCAAGCUCCAGCCUCGUACUACCUGUCCCCUAUCCUAGGCUCGCUCGGCAUCACAGACCCUCUCCAGCAGGCGGGACUCAACGGGGGUCUACAGGUGUGGAGCAUGAUCACCGCCAUCACGGGCGCGGCGGUCACAGAGCGUAUCGGUCGACGUUCCCUCUGGCUCACGAGCCUAGGGGGCAUGCUUGCCUCCGAGGUGGCGUAUACGGUCAGCUCCGCCGAAUUCCAGCAGGACGGCAGUCAUUCCGCUGGGUUGAGCGGGGUGGUGUUUCUCUUCCUCAUCUCGGGAUUCUACUCCCUCGCCAUUACGCCUCUCGCCUUCCUCUACCCAGUGGAAGUGACAACCUAUCGUAAUCGGGCACAGGGUCUGGCGCUGAACCAGUUCCUCGUCUUUUUGCUCGGAGCCUUCAAUCAGUUUGUCAACCCCAUUGCCCUGGACGCUAUCGGAUACAAGUACUACGCCGUCUUCAUUGCGCUGCUCGUCGUCUUCAUUGGGGUGGUGGUGUUCAGCUUUCCGGAGACGAGGGGGAUGGGUGAGUUGGAGGAGAUUGAGAGGGUGUUU